AUGUUUAUUGGCAGAGGGGCAAGAAGAAGGCAUCGAGCUCGCAAGAUUCCCCUAAUCAGACGAGACUCGGAUGACACCUCCGACGAGGUAGUGUCGUUGCACGAUCGACAGCUACGUUCCAUAGAGUUCUACGACAUGGAGCAUAAAGCAAAGUAUUUGGCGAACAAACGUGGCACCACGAGACACAGAUUCUCGGGCAGGGCACGACGAGCCGCGACUGCACGCAAGGAACGUGUGUGGGAUCACGGUGUAAUCCCGUACGAGAUCGAUGGGAAUUUCUCCGGCGCUCAUAAGGCCCUGUUCAAGCAAGCAAUGAGACACUGGGAGAACUUCACGUGCGUCAAGUUCGUCGAGAGGGUCCCUCAGGAGCAUCCUAAUUACAUACUGUUCACGGAAAGGCCGUGCGGGUGAGUGUGAUGAUUUAUUUUAUUUUAAUAAUAAAUUCAUACAUAUUUUUGACAAAUUUAUAUUUAUUUAAAAUUUCUUCGAAAUCCUUCGAAUCAACUAAUAAAUAUUAUUAUUUCUAUAAUUUUUAUCAAUUUUAUAUAUUUUAUAUAAUUUUAAUUACUAUAAUUAGACGAAUAAUAAUUUUACAUAAUUUUCACAUUUUAGUUCUUUUAUCAAUAUAUCAAAAAUAUAUAAAUCAAAAUUUAAAUGUAAUUAUUUAUUUAUAUAUUUAAUUAUAUUAAUAUCUAUGUUAUUAUCGUUAAAAAUUAAUUGUAAUUUAUUUUUAUAUAAAAAGUUUUACAAUAAUUGAUAGUAAUCGUACUUGAUCAGUUUCGCGAAUAAAAGGAAGAAGAGAAUUUCUAAAUACACCGACGAGACCUCCACAAACAGAGAGAGACAAAAUUGUUGAUAAAAUUUUCGGAUAAUUCCUCUGAUAUAUUAAAUUGCACGUAUCUUCGAAUGGAGAUUAAGAAAACUGUUCAAUCUACUUCGAUAUUGAAGAAUUCACUUAUAUGUCUCAUCUUUUUAAGUUCCUUCGAUUACGAUGCAAGGUUUGUUUCCCUUUUUCUUUCCUUUUUUUCAGCGUUUUCAAUUUGUGAAAAAUUUUAUCAUGGAAUCUCUCGGAAACAUAACGAUACAGCAGAACUCUGCUUAAUUUCUGGUUAAAAUAUACCUAUCCUACACGAUAUAACAAACUAUUAUUUUUCAUAAAAUUAAAUUAAAAUAAUAGACAGUCACGAAAAUUGGCGAGCUGCUAUCAGAUAUAUAUAUAUAAAACAAUAAAUGCAACUCUACGUGCAAAAAUCUCUUGUUAAUAAAUGUUUUAUUCGAACAGAGUUUUUAAGUAGUAUACAAUGUUCGAAUGUUCCAUUGUUUGUAUGAUUACCAAUAGCAGUGAUAGCUCUUAUUCCAGUUUCAUCUUUUAAUUCAUUCUUCAACUUACUUUACCAACUGCAGGAAUUUAUUUAAUAAUUUGAUAUAAUAGUAUAUUAAAUAUAAAUUAUAAAAAUUCUGUUAAUUUCAAGAAUAACAAUAUUUUUUCUUCUAACAGCAAAUUUCGAAAUAGACUUUAA